CAUUGUGGCUACCGGAUAAAUUUUUUUCAACUCGAUUAAUAAAAAAAUUCUUAUUUAGCUUACUAUAUUAAGCAUUCUUUCAUCGAGCAAAAUCGUAAAAUACUGAAUUAAAAAUGGAAUACUUGUUGCCGCAAUCUUUUUGAAUGUCCUCCGGUUACCCGAACUAGCUGAGUUAACCAUGUUCACGAAAAUAGUUAAACCAGGAGGCGAACAGCCUGACGAACUAGAGAAACUUAUCGCAGAAACUUUGAUGGAGUUGGAAGUUAACUCAGACUUAAAAAACGAGUUAAGAGAGUUAUUCAUUUCAGGAGCAAAAGAAAUCGAUAUUGGAGAUAAGAGAAAGUGUAUUAUUAUAUUUGUUCCUGUUCCCUUGUUGACUCGGUUCCAAAAAAUUCAGGUGCGUUUGGUUCGUGAGCUAGAGAAAAAGUUUUCUGGAAAGCAUGUCAUUGUUGUUGGACAGAGAAGAAUCUUGCCUAAACCCAGUCGUAAGACAAGAAAUCAAAAGCAAAUGAGACCAAGAAGUCGUACUCUAACUGCUGUGCACGAUGCCAUUCUUGAAGAUCUUUGUUUCCCAUCGGAAAUCGUUGGUAAAAGCAUUCGAGUUAAAUUAGAUGGUUCAAGAUUGAUAAAAAUAGUUUUAGAAAAAGCUCAGCAAACAAAUGUUGAACAUAAACUUGACACGUUUGCAAAUGUUUACAAGAAACUAACUGGUAAAGACACUCAUUUUACUUUCGAAAUAUAAGUCAUAACAGAGAA